CGCCGGUUUACUCGCAGCGCGGCUCUCAAAACUACUUAUAGCUCGUGUUUCCUCCGCUGAACGAGACCGAGUGAGCGCGUUUCUCAUCUCUUCGUUGACUUCGUGACUCGUGAGCCGGUUUUCGUGCAUUUGGUUGUUGCCGGUAGGCACCAUGACGUUGACCGUCCACUUCAGGCGCGCGGAAGGUUUGUUCGCGCUCAAAAUAUCGAUACAGUGAUGUUCACGACGCAUGGCGCUGCCGAACCGGUUUGGGCUUCCAGCGAGACCGCCUUUCUCAAUGGGACAACUGAGUUUUCCCCCACCGCAGCGACCGCAGAGGAGCCCAAAAGUAACGAGUCGUGUGGGGAGCAGCAGACUCUGGACUUGGACUUGACUAAGACUGUGAUCAUCGGGAUGAUGCUCAGCACCAUCACCGCGGUCACUGUGAUGGGCAACACGCUGGUUGUGAUCGCGGUGUGUGUCGUGAAGAAACUCAGACAGCCGUCAAACUAUCUGCUAGUAUCUCUGGCCAUCGCUGAUCUGUCGGUGGCCGUGGCCGUGAUGCCCUUUGUCAUUGUGACUGACCUGACAGGAGGCGUGUGGCUGUUUGGGGAGGUUUUCUGCAACAUCUUUAUCGGGAUGGAUGUCAUGUGCUGUACAGCAUCAAUUAUGACUUUGUGUGUGAUCAGUGUGGAUAGAUACCUUGGAAUAACUCGACCUUUGACCUAUCCAGCGAGACAGAACGGACAACUGAUGGCCAAGAUGAUAGUCGGUGUCUGGUUGGUAUCGGCAUCCAUCACUCUGCCGCCGUUCUGCGGCUGGGCUCAGAACAUCAACACUGCAGGAGUGUGUCUGAUCAGCCAGGAUGUGGGCUACACCCUCUACUCCACUGCAGUGGCUUUCUACAUCCCAAUGGUGGUCAUGCUUUUCAUGUAUUACAAGAUUUUCAAAGCUGCGCGAAAAAGUGGAGCCAAACACAAUUUCACCGCCCUUCCCCCAAUUCAGUUGGCCUGUCCCGAUCCAGCGUUGGCCACCGUAGAGGGGCUCUGCAUGCAUGGGAUAAAGAACGGCACAGCUACCGAAGAGUUUUCCACCCUCUCCUGCCUCUUGAAUCGCGAACGGCGGAGCGCCUCGAUUUUCAGGCGCGAACAGAAGGCGGCCACCACCCUCGGGGUGAUCAUGGGAGUUUUUUCGUUCUGCUGGUUGCCGUUUUUCCUUUUCACUACAGCUCGCCCGUUCAUGUGCGGCCUGCUCUGCAAUUGCGCCCCCGUCUGGCUGGAGCGGGUAUUGCUGUGGCUGGGCUACACCAACUCACUCAUGAACCCUUUCAUCUACGCCUUCUUCAACCGUGACCUACGUUCAACAUAUAAGGACCUGCUCCGUUGCAGAUAUCGAAACAUUAAUCGUCGACUCUCGGCUAUGGGAGUACAAGAGGCUUUAAAGCUCUGACUACUCACAAUCUGUUUAUAUGACGGGAUGGUGCAAAUAUAUAUAUAUGUUAUUAACUCUUCUAUAAGUUAAGCAGCACGUUUUGGAGAGAAUUUACAUUACAAUAAUUCUCAUUCACCAAAAAUGUGGAGUUUCCAACCAAGGCUAAGUGGAAAAUUGUCCCUCUACCCACUUGCAAAAGUCAAAAAUGUUUCUAUAGAUGCAAUUCACUAUAUAGAGAAUAUCAAUUACUUUUUCUCUUUUCACACAAAUUAUGAUUAUAGGGCAGUUAAUUGUGUAAUAAAGACAUAUUAAGUUCCUUGCACAAUACUAUAAUACCACCCUGUUAAACAAUUAAAUACUCCCUCUAUUUAGAUGUUUGUCGCACAGAAGCAGCUCUGUGUAUGGCUGUUCUGGCUGGAUAGUAAACUUGCUUGGUAGCCCACCUCGUACAGUAAGUGAUGCACUAGCUUUUCAGAGCACUCGGGUGUGAGUCCAGUGAAACUCAAAUAAUGAUAAAAGAAGUGAGCUACGUCAUAACAAUGGCAUUUUUUAUCUUACAUUAGCUUAUGUUAAAAAAACUGUUAGGGCGCUGCUAGACCCUUAUGGUAUAACAACAUGAGAAUCCAAAAGAGUCCCCCGAUGAGGUGAAAAUGUACCUACAAUCUGAUUUUAGGUGAAACAGUAUUUUCAAAAGUGAUAGAACAGUGUAAAAUCACUUUGAAAAAAUGUCACCUCGGGGAGAUUUUUUUUCCCAGUGAUCCUGAGAAAAUGAAUAUUUUCCUGGUUUGUAUAAAUGUACUUUUCACUGUACACUCUGUACAUUUCCAGUGUUUACGCUACAGAGCAAUUAACCUUCUGUGACUCUUAUCAGCAAUGGUUUUCAUGUGGAGGUCAAAUGAUGAAAGUCAUGUUGAGAGUAAAAGGGCCUUAAUGCACAACUAGCUAAAUUGUGCUUGUGAUGAUAAAAUCUCGACGUGAGUGACAAAAUAUAUUGCCUUUCAUUUUAAAGCUACGAAUUCAUACACAAUACCUUAAAUGAAUAAGUGAAAAAGUAAAUAAAUAAAAUAAUAUCAGUAUAUAAAUAAUUAAAAUAAGAUGGAGAGGGUAGUAAUUUCUGAGUUCAGUGAUUGCUGGCUUUGGAUGCAAAUCUGCAUGGAUGUGUGUUGCUUUAUCAACCCUUUUUAAAUUGUCAUGACAUUUUUAAUUUGGAAAUUAAAUGAGUAGAUAUUCACACUGACUUGUCUUUUGUCUUAGAGCUACACUUUUACAAUGUACAGAUAUGUUGUCUGUGUUUUAGUGUGUUUACUGUAAUGUAAUCUGAACUGUGAAAGACAUAGACAUAGACUCACAAAGG